CCACUCCUUUCAGUCUGUUUGAUGGCAGUCCACUGCGAUGGCAAAAGUAAACUCACCAGACCCGCAAAUUAGGGAGCGACAAACUCAUCUAUCACCGUUGCCGGGGCGACAGUGGCCAAAUGCGUGCUGCAGCUUAGCAACAGUAUCUAAACAAAAGGUACGCAGGCAGCGGGCUGAUUUGUCUGGCUGGGUUCAAGAUGAGCAGACCCGGAGGCAGCGUUGAUGAAAAAGAGGUCAACCAAAAUGGAGACCCGGGAGGUCAUCUGUCCGUGUUUAGCAAUACUCUCACCGCAGCACUGAGCACCGACACAAGGCUACUGUCCGCUUUCAAGAAAGACACCCAGACCAGGGAAGUUUAUCUGGCAGGGAGAGAGUAUUACAGCGAGAAAGGGAAGACCUUUGAACUGCGUCUUGUUGGAAAAAUAAAGCAACAGAUAAGUGCUGAUCCCACUCUUCAUCCAGAGUAUCCAUCUUCUCGUGGUCUGGUAGAAUUCAUCCGACAAGCCACCCAGGUCGCUUUGGGGAGGAACUCAAGGACUAUAGCAGAGAACCGGAUGUUCGGUGUCCAAACCCCUGGUUUUAACGCUGCUGUGCGCCUUGGAGCUGAACUUUUGAAACACUGGUAUGAUGUCAGUGCUGCUUGGUGUGGGCCAGUUUACCUCUCUGUCCCUUGUGAUGGCUCAUUGGCCAGUAUCUUCCAGGCAGCAGGGAUCCCAGAUAUCCGUCAGUAUUAUUACUGGGAUGAUGAGCAGCGGGGUGUUUGUUUGGAGAAGCUUCUGGCAGAUUUGGAGAGGGCUCCAGAGCGAAGUGUUGUUGUUCUGUCAGCGUCGGCCCACUACCCAACCGGAGCAGACCUCUCUCAGAAUCAAUGGGCUGUGAUUACACAACUCAUCAUGAGGCGUAGACUUUUCCCUUUCCUCCUUCUGCCUGCACAGGCACUCUGCUAUGGAGAUUUAGAGCGAGAUGCUUGGCCUGUACAGUACUGUGCAUCGCAGGGAAUCGAGGUCCUCUGUGCUCAGUCAUUCUCCCAUUGCUUUGGACUGUACGGUGAAGCUGUUGGACACCUCCUGUGCGUCUUAAAGCAUAGCUCCCUCUUGUUAUCGAUGCAGUCACAGGCUGACAAAAUAGUGAGAUCACUGUGGGCCCAGCCAUCUGCAGGAGGAGCACGUGUUGUCGCCACAGUGCUCAGUAACUCAGCGCAUCUUGUUGAAUGGCAGGGAGAAGUUAAGCGCAUUGUUAAGAGAUGUAUGCUGAUCAGAGCUGUUCUGAGAGAAAAGCUAAGGCUGCUGGGAACUCCAGGUUGCUGGGACCACCUGACUCAACAAGGUGGACUCUUCUGUUGUACAGGAUUGAAUGGGCAGCAAGUAGAAUUUCUGUCAAACUGCAGACAUGUGUACCUGCUCCCCAGUGGCUGUGUCAACGUGAGUGCAAUCAACAGCCGCAACCUGGACUACAUAGCAGAGUCCAUUCGCCUGGCUCUAAACACGUCACUCUGACCAUGUAGCUUUUGAUCAGGAUCUAAAAUCUGCAUCAAAGGAGCUUCUCAGCGUGACUGAAAUGCAUUGUGACUAAAGCUUUUAUGUGUUACUGUGAAAUGUUCACUUUCUAGUUCACUGUUGUAUCUGUUGCAAAGUAUACGCUUUUAUGCUGGUAAAUGCACAAAAAAGGUUUAGCCCGUAAUAUGACUGAUUCUGGAAUUGUUGCUGAUGUUUCACAACAGAAAUUUGUACAGUAGUUAUCACAACAGAGAGCAGGUUGUGAUCGUCUCUUAAGACAUUUGCUCAAAAGAUGUGUUUAUGUUUCCUGUGUGUAGUAAAUGCAGUAGGUCAGCCGUGCUAAGUAAAACAGCAGUGGACACCUUUGGAGUGUUUGCACUUGUUCUUUAAUCUGCUUCUGCCUGUAGUAAUACACUGCCAUUUGCUUAAAGACUGGAUUCAAGUGAAUAUUUAUAUAUUCACACUUCAAAUAUGUGAACAUAACAUAAACAUUUUCGCACCUUCUACCAACAUACAUACUACCAGAAAAAGCCAACUGUAAAAACAUCUUUUGUUGAUUGUAAGAGGGAUGAUGUGUUGGACUAUUUCUGGAAUGGACAGUAACAAGGAAAAUUGUUGUUUUUAUGUCUUAGAUUUUGUUCAGAAUAAACAUAUAUCACCUUUUAAUUAAAUUCUGGUAGACGGACUCGUCCUUAAGAAAGAGCCACCUGGUUUAGCUUGAAUUUAUGCUACGCUAAGCUAAAAGACAGCAGGCUUCUUUUUUAAACCUUCCAGGCAGAAGUUUUAUUGCACCCUUCUGGCAGUAAGAGUAAUUGCACAAGCGCCGUCAGUGUGAGCUUAUGGCGUAUGCCUCCUGUCGCUUUCUUUUGAGUUUUGUUUUUUCUUGGAGCAUCAGAGUCAUCCCGCUUGAAAUCUACAGUCAUGGUUCUCUGCUGGCAGCUGGUGGAUUGCUCACUCCAGGUUGGAGUUGAGCUCCUGCCCCAAGCAAAGGAGUUUAAGUAUCUUGAGAUUUUGUUCAUAAGUGAGAGUAAAACAUAGCAAGAGAUGGGGAAAUGACUUGGUGAAGCAUCAGCAGUCAUGCAGGUGUUGUACCGGAACUUUGUUGUGUCAAUUUACCAGUCGGUCUUUGUUCCAACCCUUAUCUGUGGUUAUGAGCUCUGGGUAGUAACCAAAAGAAUGAUGUUGUGGAUGAAAGUAUUUUAAACGAGUGCUCUCUGUAGGAUGGCUGGGCCUAGCCUUGGAGAUAAGGUGAUGAACUCAGACAUCUCGAGGGAGUUUGGAUCAGAGUUGUUGCUCCUUCGUGUCUAAAGGAACCUGCUGAAGUGGUUGGGGCAUCUGAUCAGGUACCUCCUGGGUGCCUUCCUAAAGGGGUUUGGAGCACGUCCAAAUAUGAGGAGACCUCUGGUUUGACCCAAAAUUCAAUGGAGGGAUUAUGUAGCUCAUCUGGAAAGGAAGACCUUGGGAUCCCCCAGGAGCAACUGGAAAAUAUUGCUGGGGAAAGAGAUGCCUGGAAUGACAUGCCACUGUGACCUGACCUCGGAUAAGCCAAAGUAAAUGGAUGGAUGGAUGGAUCAGAAAUUUUUCUUGAAUGCUUUCUAGGUUUUUCUGUAAUAGGCUCUGCCAUGCUCCUAGGUGGUGUGACUAAUCUGUUUCUGCACAACUGUUGCUUCCAUCUUAGGUUCUGGCAAAAAAAAAAAAAAACUAAAAUUUGACUGACAUGAAACACAUUGCCACUUGUCUGCCAAUGUGGGAAUAUAGCCACAUAAACCAGAUUUGAAACUUGCUGCAAAAACAUAAAGCGAUUUACCACCGGCGGACUUGAUCAGCAUUGUGUGAACUCAUUUAGCAAGACCUUUAAUGUAAUAUGUAAUACAAGGAAAAGUUCUCGACGUCACACAGACACAAGGAGCAUAACUCCCAUUCUGGGGGAUAACUAUAGAUUAUAAAGCCUUGUAUCACUGUCCACAAAAAUUUAAAUGUUUGAAGCAAUCAAAGAAAAAAGGAGGUGGAAGCUUUGAGUUGGCUGCUGUUGCUCCAAGACAAUGCAUUCGUCCAAAAAGCACGGGUUGCAGAAGCAGCCAAACGUGGCUUUGAACUGAGGCUUCAUACACUUCCUCACCCAACCUGCACAGUCUGACUUGUAUCUGUUUUACAAACUAAAAUCAUGCUUGCAUGGUCACCAUUUUCAGUGUGAUGAAAAGGUCAUUCAUACUGUUGAGGAGAAUCUGGAGGCUCAAGAUGUGACCUUCUUCUGGAGGCCAUAGCAAAGCUUGAACAUUGGUGGACGAUGAGCGGAAGUGCAUUGAAGUUAAAAGAUGGAAUGUUGAAAAAAAAUGCAAGAACAACCUUUCUUCAGCAAUGUUUUCUGGAAGUACCCUCAUAUGUGUGAUAUUCAAUGGACAAGUAUUAAAAUGGUAUCAGUCUUCUCAAACAAGCUCAUCAUAUUUUUAUCUUUCCCAUCAUGUCAAUGUAUGACCUCAGGUAUAGUCGUAAACAUGUUUCUGUGAAAGAUGUCAUGAAUGUAUAUGAGACAUGUUAUAUUAAACUGCGUGUUCACUGC